AUGGAUUUCGAUAAUAGAGACAAUAUCUGGGAAGAGCUUUUGCAGCACAAAGCAGACCUAGUUCAAUCAUUUAAUAAAUCAAACUGCUGCAAAAUAUGCUUGUGCUUAGAACUUUUGAAAUUUUCAGUAUGCCAAGAAGGCUGCUACCCUCAGGGUGUUGAAGAUUCUCUUUUGAUUUCCCGGCUUCUUGACGGAAUUUUAGACAGAAACUCUAUAUCUCGCAUAUCUGAAUCUUUACAGACUCAUUUUUCCAAUAUUUCAUCUACAAUUUCCUCACAAGCUAAGCUUGAAGAAUUAGAAUCCUCCUUAAAAAAAUGCUCUGAAGAAUUUCACGCUAUUUCAGUCCUAGAUCUCCCAUCCCAGCUUGAUAAAAUCAAGAAAAAUCUCGCAAAUUCUGAAAAUAUCCCUCCAAUUUCUCUAGAAUGCACCCAAAAAUUAGAAGAAUUAGAAAAAAGAUUAGCCCAGUACGAAGAAAGCCUUAAUAAUUUGACUAGAGAAAACGCAGAAUUAAAAUCAAAAAUCCAAAGAGCAACAACAUUAUAUGAGACUUGGAUGAAAAGAAGGAAAAAUGAAAUAGUUUCAGAGUAUAUGCAGAUUAGGGAUGAACAAGACAGGCUAAGGAAUUAUUUGCAUGGGGUAAAAGAGCAAAUUGAGAAAAAUUCAGAAAGCAUUGAGAAGCUCAAAAGAGAAUGCAUAAGACCAGAAACUAAAACUCAAUUAGAAGAAAUUAUAAAAGAAUACCAGAAUUACAAAGACAUUUGGAAUCAGCAAAAAAUCUCGUUUGACACUUCUAUGUCCUCGAUAAAAAAGCUUUCAAAUGGCGCCCAGGAGUCUUUAAAAGAUCUAGACCAAACAUGAAAAGAAAUCCAAUUUAUUAAAGCAAGGCAAGAUAACUUAAAAAAGUGGCAAAAAGAGUGCAAAGAAAUUUCAAAGCAUUCUGAUAAUUUACUAGUAGCUGCAGAUUCAGUGUUUUCAAGCCAGCAAGAAUUCAAGGAUUUCCAGCAGAAUAUUUUAGAAAAACUAGAUAAUUUGAGAUCUGAAGUAGAAGCUAUGAAAGGGCAGCGAGAAAUAUAUAGACCGAAUUACUAUGAAAGAAACGUAGAUGAGGAUUAUUUUCAUAAUGGAAGUUUAAUUGGGAAUUCGUGGACUUGCUGCAAAAGGGAUCAAUAUUCACAAGGCUGCCAAAAACGCCAAAGAUAA